AUGUGGCUGGGGCUCGCCGGCCUCGCUUUGUCGGCCAUUUUCAAUUUCCAGAGUCUGCUGACCAUCAUCUUGCUGCUCAUGUGUACAUGUGCUUACAUCCAGUCCUUGGCACCCAGUGUCCUGGACAGAAAUAAGGCUGGAUUGUUGGGGAUAUUUUGGAAAUGUGCCAGAAUUGGAGAACAAAAAUGUCCUUACGUCACAGUGUGCUGUGCAGUGAUGGCCUUCAGCAUCCUUUUCAUGCAGUAUCUCAGGAAAAAGUGA